CUUUAAAAGCCCAAAACCGAUGGGGAAAUUCUAGUUGCUGCUAUAUUCUUCUUUCACUCCCAAACCCUCCGGACAACGCUAGUCACUGCGAUUUCUUCAAAACCUAUCUGCAAAAAUGGCGUCAGUUGAUGUUGAGAAGAGCAGGAGCGAUAUGGAGAGAGAGGAAGCCUGUUCGGCGAAACCAACAAAGCAAGGGGAAGGGCUGAGACAGUACUAUAUGCAGCACAUCCAUGAUCUCCAGCUCCAAGUCCGCGUAAAGACUCACAAUCUUAAUCGCCUUGAAGCCCAGAGGAACGAACUCAAUUCUAAAGUGAGAAUGCUCAAAGAGGAAUUACAAUUGCUUCAGGAGCCUGGAUCAUAUGUUGGUGAAGUUGUUAAAGUAAUGGGGAAGUCAAAGGUUCUAGUCAAAGUUCAUCCUGAAGGCAAAUAUGUUGUCGAUAUUGGCAAAAAUAUUGACAUUACAAAGAUCACUCCAUCAACUAGAGUUGCCCUGCGCAAUGAUAGCUAUGUCCUUCAUCUAAUAUUGCCCAGCAAAGUUGAUCCAUUGGUCAACCUCAUGAAAGUUGAGAAAGUGCCAGAUUCCACUUAUGACAUGAUUGGUGGUCUUGACCAGCAGAUCAAGGAGAUUAAAGAGGUUAUUGAGCUUCCUAUAAAGCAUCCCGAGUUAUUUGAGUCUCUUGGAAUAGCUCAACCAAAGGGAGUGCUGCUCUAUGGACCUCCAGGAACUGGGAAAACAUUGUUGGCUAGGGCAGUUGCACAUCACACUGAUUGUACCUUCAUUAGGGUCUCUGGUUCCGAACUAGUGCAGAAAUAUAUUGGAGAAGGUUCUCGAAUGGUGAGAGAACUUUUUGUUAUGGCCAGGGAACAUGCUCCUUCUAUCAUUUUUAUGGAUGAGAUAGACAGCAUUGGAUCUGCUAGGAUGGAAUCUACUCUUUUCCGCUCCGACUCUGCUAGUGCCGCUGUAAGUUUAGUUAUUGAUCGAUAG